UCUUCAUAUAAUACAUAUACUCCAAUAAUAUACACAUACAUAUGUAUAUAUGAAUUACAACGCAUGCGCCUGUGAAAUGUGAAAUAGAAUAACGUAAUCGAAGAAACAAACGUAGCAUACUUACAGAAUAACAACAAUAGUGCGUCAGAAGAGAAAGAAAUUUAUAAGAUGCAAUCUGAGAAAAAUGUCAAGAAUACUGACUUUAUGGAAAAGUUAGAUCUCGUAAAAGAUAAACACAAACUAAAAUACAGUGAUUUAAUGUAUAUAAAACAAGCAGAAGAAGCAGCUAUUCAAAGAGCAUCCAUAUAUAGAAAAAGACGUAAUAAUUGUGCCAUAGCAGGUUUUGCUUUAGCUGGUUUAUCUUUAGGAAUUUAUCUGUAUACCAUAUAUGCUGUAAGGCAGGAAACGUUUCUGAAUGAUCUGAAUGAACCUGAAAUAGUAAUUGAAAAGAAGAUUAAUAGAGCUUAA